UGAGAUGUCAAACUAAAAUUGAGACAAGUCGCUGAUGAUGUGUUUAAUUCAGCGAAAUAACUGAAAAAGCCUGCUAAUUAUAUUCUUACUAUGUUUCUACUUUACUGCUAGUGUAUAAAUUGUCAUAGAAAUGAAUUUCAAUGCUUCCAGAAAUGUGGGUCAGGCCGGGGGUCUGCGGAAGGCGAAGCGGGUGAGCGACGUGGCGGCGAUGGGCGCCCCGGCCCCGCAGCCGCCGGCGUACAGCCCGGCGCCCGGCUUCAGCCCCGCGCCGUCCUACAGCCCGACGUUUGGCGCGCCGCCGCACCAGGAGGGCAUUCAGCUCGACGCCGGACAGGACUUCGUCGCGCCACCGCAGCCACCUAAUUAUGGCUACAUGGGAGGAUACCCUCAGUCUCCGAUGACUGCCAUGGCCUCUCCAGGUCAGAUCGGCUCCAUGCUGCAACAACCUGUUGUGCAGGACAUGGCGCUGCAGUACGGCAACCAACUAGCGGCAGCGGGACGUGAAGCCGUACAGCGUGAAAUAGGCCGCUACGUGCCAGUCGCGCGGCUGCGGUACUACUUCGCCGUGGACACGCGCUACGUGCUGCGGAAGCUCAUGCUCAUACUGUUCCCCUACACGCACAAGGAGUGGAUGGUAAAAUACGACCAAGAGAGCCCCGUCCAACCACGCUACGACCUGAACGCACCAGACCUGUACCUGCCGGCCAUGGGCUACGUCACCUACGUAUUGUUGGCUGGAUUCAUGCUGGGUCUCCAGCACCGCUUCUCCCCCGAACAAAUCAGCAUGCAGGCGUCCAGCGCGCUCGCCUACAUCGUGUUCGAGAUGCUCGUCUACACCGUCACCCUGUACAUCACGCACACACACACGAACCUGCGGACGCUAGACCUGCUGGCGUACUCCGGGUACAAGUACACGGCCAUGAUAGCCAGUCUGCUGGCCGCGCUGGUCGCGGGCCGGACGGGGUACUACAGUAUGCUGGGGUACUGUAGUAUUGCGCUGUCUUACUUCUUGGUAAAGACGCUCCGCGUGCAGGUGCUGGCGGGCUCGGCGGCGCCCUCGCCGGCGGCGGCGUACGGCUACGGCGCGAACCCCUACGCCGACUCCUACAAGCCCUCCGGCGGCACCAAGCGCCGCGUCUACUUCCUCCUGUUCGUGGCCAUCACGCAACCGUUACUCUGCUGGUGGUUGACCUACCAUCUAGUACCCGCUGCGACUGUAGCGGCUCCGGUGGCGACGCGAUAGCAAACUGACUGAAGAAUGGCAAUUGUCUGUUAAAUGAGGCGUUAAAAAGAAAGAAAUCGCCUUGUAGUAGGAUAUUAAUCUGGGCUAUGUUCAUUUUAGGCGAUGUACAAACUGGCAUCCAAAUCUACCGCGGUGAACGGAGCGAUAGAUUUAAAAAUGCAUGCAAGUAAAUCACUUCGCUCACCGUGACAUAUUGUAAUGUCAAAACCGCUUUAAAUUUGAAUUUAUGGUACACCUUUCUGUUAAGCUGAUCUGAUCACACUGGAAACAAUGUUUCAUCGAUAUCCUUGUAACAAUAACAAACAAAAAAUAAUGGGAAGUAUACCGUUUUUACACAUUAACUUUAUUUACGUUCAAAUUACUUUGUAAGUGAUCUGGGCUAAAACAAAUUCACCUAAUAAUUAUUUCAUCAAUUCAUGAUCAUGCCAAAAAAUCAAAUGAUUUCAAUAUUCUUUGCUUUGCAACCACUCUAUGCAACGACACCUGAAAAUGCAGAUGACAAUUUCAUUUCUCUACCUUAAUUCAAUGAUUAUAAGGUCUAUAUUACAAGCAUAGUUAAACAAAUGUCUGGGCAGCUUGUUUUAAUAAUGAUUCGAAGUUGUUGAUGUGGUAAGAAAUGAUACUAUUUAUCAUCUGCCUCAUUAUAACAGGGUACCCUCAUCGAUACAGUUGACUGACCAUUUGUGAAUCUUGUUUCAACAAGAUAAGGGCUACAGUCAAACAGUCAAGCGUGCUACAAGCGUUCACAAAUAGCAACACUCCUAACUGUACAUCGGUGGACCUUAUUUAUUACAAAUGGCAUAAGGUCCACCGGUGGGCGAUGGUACCAGUAUCAUUAACAUCAGCAUUCAGUACUCUUAACUGACCAACAUUGAACCUUAAAUCUUUGCAAUAAGAUUCAUGAAUUAUCAGUUAACAGUGUAUAUGGGUAUAAUAGCCAAUGUUAUUUUCCUACUAAAAUGACCAUUCGAGUUGAGCAGGAUAAUGUGACUGUCAUUACCGUAAUGAAACCUGUAAUAUAAAUUAGCAAAGUCGUUAGCACAUAGCCGAUCUCAUUUACGAAUUACAUUACAAACACGACGAAAGUACCUAAACUUUUCAUAGGCGCUUAAGCUGUUUUGAAUGUACAGAUUUAGUUUUCUCAGAAAUGGGCUGUGUCCUAACGACUGCUAUUAAUUUACUAUUAGGUAAUUAAACCUUUGUAAAUAAACACCGUUCCAACGGAUUUGAUAACAUUUUGUAAUUUGAAUUGACUUCCUACCUCUAGAUUUGUAUGAAGGGGAACUAUAAAAAAGAUUUCCUUUUUUAAUUUCAGAGUCAUUAUAUAACAAUAAUAUGACACUGCUAGAGUCACCGACUUGAAUAUAACAAAGUGAGGUGGUGUCAUUAUAAACGUCAUAUUUUCAUAGAAAUUUGUCAUUAAUGAAUGACAUUGUCACACUUUGUCAUUGCAAAUGCCAUGCAGAGUUAGCUUGGUCCGAGCCUACCAGUCGAUAAGUCAUAUUAACUGUAAUUUUAGUAAAGGCAACCUUAUUUAAAAAUCUUAGGAAAUAUUUAAAUACCUAUGUGUUGCUUUUUAUCUAUUGUUUUUAGGUACUUACCUAGAUAUAGGCAUUUUACUUAAAUAUACUUUUUUUUAUUUAAGUGUUUCCAUUUUAAACCUUAACUGCAUUUAAAAUUAGCCAGUUUAUUCCCAGUCCAUCAAUUGGUUUUAUGAAAAUUCUAUGUGUGUACAUAUUUACAAAAAAAUACCAACUGCAUUUUGACCGACAUUCGGGCUUAACCGCCUAUCCCCUAUGAUUAUGAUUAUAAACGUGUAUUUUUACUAAUCCUUGCAUUAUAUUAAAAAGCUAGUUUUUUAAAA